CAAGUUUUGCCUCAGUUUGACGUUAUCAUCUUGAUGAGUAACAUCAAUCUCGGUUCUACCGAACAGUAGUAGCAAUCUAGGCAGGAUUUUCAUCCUUUGCUAGCAAUCACACUUUACCACCACCGGAGUUAUGUGAUUUUAUUUAUCGUGCUGUGGGUGUGAAAAUAUUCGCAAAUUAGUGUUUUAGCGCCACGAAUUUUAUACCAAAGAAGCACGUGCGUACUAAAGAUAGUCGCACGGUGGAAAAAAAAUCACUGUGAAAACUGAACAGAUAUUCGAUCAAAAAAUUUUGGUGUGUGUAUUUGGACGAAAAAGUGAGCAAAAUGCAAAACGUUGUGGAUUGUAAGGAGCACAUGCCCAAAGCCGAUACCAUCCGGCUGCGAAACAAGCAUAUUGGCAAAUCUUGCCAAUUGUUCUACAAGACCGACCCGUUGAAAAUAGUUCGUGGCCAGGGCCAGUAUAUGUACGACGAAGAAGGGUCACGCUAUCUCGACUGCAUCAAUAACGUCGCACAUGUGGGUCACUGUCAUCCCAAAGUGGUAGAAGCCGGUUCCCGCCAGAUUGCUACUCUGUCGACCAACAAUCGCUUUCUGCAUGAUGAACUGGUAAAGUGCGCGCAAACGUUAACCGACAAAAUGCCGGGGAAUUUGUCGGUGUGCUACUUUGUCAAUUCGGGUUCCGAGGCUAACGAUUUGGCUCUGCGGUUGGCGCGCCAACACACCAAGCGCCACGAGGUCAUCACCCUGGACCAUGCUUAUCACGGACAUGUGUCUGCGGUGAUGGAAAUUUCCCCUUAUAAAUUCAAUCAACCCGGGGGUGAUCCGAAGCCAGAGUUUGUGCACGUAGCACCUUGCCCGGAUGUCUAUCGGGGAAAGCACCGCGAUUGCGACUAUCCCGAGGGAACCGACAUGGGUCAGUUGUACGCCGAUGAGGUCGCUCGGCUCGUUGAGGGCAGCCGUACCGGAGUCGCGGCCUUCAUCGCCGAAAGCUUGCAGAGCUGUGGCGGACAAAUCAUUCCACCGAAGGAUUACUUCAAGAAGGUCUACAAGAUAAUCCGUGAUGCUGGUGGCGUAACUAUCGCCGACGAGGUACAAGUCGGCUUUGGUCGUAUCGGAACUCACUAUUGGGCAUUUGAGCCCCAUGAUGUUAUUCCCGACAUUGUGACCGUUGCGAAACCGAUGGGUAAUGGGCACCCGGUCGGCGCCGUCGUCACUACGCCAGAAAUUGCAGAAAGCUUCGCUUCCACUGGGGUGUGCUAUUUCAACACGUACGGCGGAAACCCGGUAUCUUGCGCCAUUGCCAACGCCGUGAUGAACGUUAUCGAAGAAGAGAACCUACAAGAAAAUGCCCUCACCGUGGGAAAAUACCUGCUGGAGCAGUGUCGUUCGUUGCGCUACGAAUACGAUAUCGUUGGCGACGUUCGAGGAACGGGAUUAUUCGUCGGAAUCGAACUAGUGUCCAAUCGCAAAGAGAGGACACCGGCCACCAAGAUGGCCAAGGCCGUCGUAGACAGGAUGAAGAAUACGCACAAAAUCCUUGUGAGUAGCGAUGGUCCCAACGAUAACGUGAUUAAGCUAAAGCCUCCCAUGGUGUUCAACGCUGAGAAUGCUGACGAGUUUUUGUAUGGUUUCCGCGAAUGCUUGACGUAUUUGGAAAACCUAGAAAAGGCUCAGCAGACGGGAAGCGUCGAAGCGCGCUCGGUUGUAACGAUACCAGUGCCUGCUACCGGAGGACUUUGCAGUCUUGCAAACAGCACAAUUAGUGAGAAGCGUGAAAAGUUAAUCAAAUCAGUUUGAACAUAAAAAUGAACACUGCAUGUUUUUCUUUGAUAUUUUCUCAAUUUCUUAUGUUUAUCGAUUCUAUAAAAAAAACUUAAUAUACUUAUUUGUUUAAAAAUAGGUGAGCUUACUACUUCCAAACUGCUUUAUACUCUGAAGGAAAUUUCUUCAAAUAAACAAAUAAUCUCAUAA